UGGCUGGUCACUUCAGUCUACUGACGCGCCUUCCGGUAGCGGAUUCGGUUGGUGACGCAGAAGCCUGAGCAUUAGCGAAGAAAAUAUAUCGGGGGGGCGGAAAAAAAGUCGAAAGAAGAAGAGAAAAGAGAGCAAGAGAAUUCAGGAGACUGUAGCUGGUGUUUUGAAGCGGGUUGCGGCGGUGUUUUCCGACGUGACGGCAGAAAAUAAUCGACUCCGGAUUGGUCUGUGCCGAGCUCGGUUGUUUGGGCCCGGACAGGUUAAUUGUCAAGAAAGAUUGGACGAAUUCUGUGUUUCUUCAAUGAGGAACUACAGGUUGAUCUUCUGCCACAAUCUCAAGCAACCAUAGCUGGCUAAAAAAAAUGCUUAUUCACUAAGGGUGAUUGGUGUAUAAGUUAUUUUUUAAGUGGGUGUCUGUGCUCAGAGACAAAACGGCUUUGCUUUUUGGCUGAAGGAAGAUAUGAGGAAGAGCUUCUCUCCUUCACCGAGUAACAACAACUCUUUAACUACUAACAAAUUUUUCGGAGUUCCUCUUAAUGAGCUACAGAAACAGGGACAUCAUCCAGGGAAUGGAUCUCGAUUAUUAGUAAAGCAUAUUGUGGAGUAUCUGGAGGCAUAUGGCAAUAUUGAAGAUGAACUUGGAAGGAAGUUGAAAUGCUUCUUAGAUGAGCUUCCAGUAGUUAACUACAAUCUCCUGAAGUUUCUCUGUAAAUACCUGGUCAAGGUAGCAUUACAAAAGGAAGAGAAGUGGACUUCAAGGAAUCUUGCUGCUGUAUUUGACCUGGAUGUUUUCCAUAUUUGUGCAGAUGUGGAAGAUAUGAAAGAACAAGAAACAGCUAGCAAUAUAAUGUCUGAACUCCUGGAAAAUUACAGUGAUUUCUUUGGUACUGAAGAGUUUCUGCCCACAAAUAUUUCAAAUUCAUUUUGUGUCGAGGUUACAGAAUCAUGUGAAGGAGUUAAAAUAGAACAAACUGAUGCACUUCCUGAAGAAUCUGAAAGGAUGUUGUUGAUGAAUGCUGAACACUUGACGAUAAUGAAGAAUACAACUGAAUCUGACAUUUUUUUGUCAGCUAGUGCUCAUGGCUCCUCUAUCAACCAAUUGACUAUAUCUGCAGAAGAAGAUCUCACCGAAGAGAACAAUCAUAACUCUGAAAUCAAUAAAUCAGCCCUUUCUGAAGCUUUACAGCAUGCCGAUAGUUUGGAAGAGAAUGAUCAGAAGCUUUCACUUCAUAAUUGUACAUUGGAAGCACUGAAAAUUCGUUUGCACCAGGAUGUUGAAAAUGUUGUGGAAAAUGUGUCUGUCCCCAGUGUUCCACUCCUGAAUGUGCCUGAAGAAAGCUUGGACAAUGAGCCAAUUAUAAAUGAAGAAAAUAACAAUAAAACAGAAAUGCCAGGAAGUACUUCUGUUUCUGAAAUUGACAUAGGCAGUUCUUUCAUGUUAACCUUGAAUUCAUCUACGGAAAUUUAUGAUUUAAAUGCUAAUAAAGAGCCUGAUGUGUCAAAAAACCAAGAAGUUUCUAAUCAGGAUAACAGAGUGCGGCCAGAAAUUGCUCACCUUGAUCUGAAAAGGGUGACUGAGACAAGUGAUUGGGAAGCGCCAUGUACAAUCACUUUUCCCUUCAUUGAUUUCAAAACAAUGCAUCUUCAAAGAGAUGGGGAUGAUCCUGUUCCUGCAUUUAAAUCAUGGCAGGAUGAAUAUGAGCAUGAAUUAGGAGAGGCACAACUUUCACCACAAGCAGGCAGAUUGAUUAGCCACCCCCUUGAAGAGGACCCACCACCUAUGUUGUGCCGACGUUACCUCAAUUUUGGUCACAGUCAACGCUUUAUACACCAGUCUGAUUCAAAAACCUCUUCUUUGAAGGGGCUUUCCUCAUUUAGACCACGAAGAUCAUCAUUUGAUUCCAAUGAUGAAAAAGAAGAGCACGCUCAAUUGCAGCUGACUAAAAAAGUUCAGAACAUCAAAAAGAAAAUAAAAUUAUUUGAAGAACAGUUUGAAAAAGAGAGAAAGUAUAAGCCAUCCCACAGUGACAAAGUAGCAAAUCCAAAGGUUUUGAAAUGGAUGAAUGAACUGGUCAAGUUACGCAAACAGUUAAAAGACGUAAAAUACAAAACUUCAGAAAAUGAUUUGGAAAUUCUACCUGUAAUACGACCACGGAGCAAUACUCUUCCAAAGAGCUUUGGCUCGUGUUUGGAACAUGAACAAAGAGAUGUAUCAAAAGAAACAUCAGAGAAAGAGAAAAAGCCAUCUAAGGAAGCAACAUUGGAAACAAUUUUAAAAAGACUUAAAGAAAAACGAGCUGAGGAAGACUGGCCUGAAGAUAUUAAGGAAAUGCGUCAAAAUCAUUUAACGGCAGAGAAGAUAGCCCUUCAGAGGAGCCUGUUAUACUUUGAGAGUCUUCAUGGUCAUCCGGUAACAAGGGAAGAAAAGCAGCUAGUGAAACCUUUGUAUGAUCGAUAUCGCCUUGUGAAACAGAUGUUGGCCAAAGCAAGUGCAACACCAGUUGUUGGCUCUCCAUCAACCAAACGUCGUGGCCAGACAUUACAGCCAAUCAUUGAAGGUGAAACGGCUCACUUCUUUGAAGAAAUAAAGGAAGAGGAGGAGGAUGAGGAUGAGGAUGACUGUAAUGUAACAGCAGACUUCACCUUUACCCUAAGGCCAGGCUUACAUGCUAGGAACUUUUUAGAUCAGUUGGAUAAUGAUCACAAUACAAUUGCAUCAACUGUAAAAGAGACUUCAGUAAGGCUGAGUCUUGACUUAGGGGUAUCAAGCAUGCAUGCUGCAUCAAUGCCAGAACUGCUUGAACAACUCUGGAAAGCAAGAGAUGACAGAAAGAAGUUACGUAAGACACUGCGUGAGUUUGAAGAAAAAUUUUAUAAAAAAAAUGGAAGGAAUGUACAAAAAGAAGAUCGUACUCCAAUGAUUGAAGAGUACAGAGAAUAUAAACGGAUAAAAGCCAGAGUCAGGCUUUUGGAAGUUCUUAUUAGCAAGCACGAUACAGCAAAAUCACUUUAAGUUGGUUUGAUGUUCAUCAGUACUAUCUUUACCACGAGCAAUGCAUUGAACGCUUUAUCAAUGGAACUGGUGCUUACCUCUUUUGUAACUUAACCCUUGCCUAAAGCCAAUUUGUGCACUUACUCUGAUGCUUUUUACAUGGUAAUGAGCAAAGGGUAUUGUUGUAUCUCAAGCUAUGAACAGUAGAUGGCUCCAGAGUAACUAAAUCUAUACUGACUAAUGCUUUGUAAGGUUGAUGCAUCUUGUUCUGGAAUUGACAAUAAUAAUAUAUUUACUGUGGGUACUUAAAUGUUUUUUUAAUUAUCUGUUAAUGAAAGUGUAUAAUACUGAAUCAUUUACCUGUCCAUAAUCCAUCAAGACUGAUUACAAACUGCAGAUUGAUAGAUUUAUGUCAUUUCCAUCUGUGCUUGCUGUAUUAAAAAGCUAGAAAAUGUUUAACGUUUUUUUUUUUCAGUUCCAGAACCAAAUUUUCAGUUUGGACUUCAGUUUUCUAAAGCAUUUGUCAUAAAGUUGCUACUCUGUUCAGAGCAGAUUUCCUCUUGAACCAUCGAAGUGGGCAGAGUCUGAGCCAGAAAGUUGUGGUAUUACACUUGCUGUAUAUAAUAGAUUGAAGUUGUUUGUUACUGUAGUUUGCUGUCCACAAUGGUACAGAAAGCACUAAUAUACAGUAAAUGUUUACUAAAUUGCUGUUACGUUUACUAAGUGUAUUAACAUUGAGAUUUGUUCUGCGAAGUGAAAUAUUUGGCAGCAUUUGAUUUAUGAAUGUUUUAGUGUAAAAUACCUGCUUUCAGUAUAACUUCCUGUGCCACUUUUUAUGCUGAAGACUGUUCUAUAGCAGGACAAAGUGUAAAGUUUAUUGUGCAGUGAUCUUGUUUUUUUCUUAAACACUUUUGGAAACAAUAUGAAAACUUUUUGAGUCUCCUUGUCAUUCAAAGAAAUAAGAUGGGUGUUGCUUUAUAAUACUAUUUGUAACUGUGAUUUCAUUGCAUGCAUCUACUGUAUGUGUAAUUUAAGCAGCUAUCUUUUUUGCAUGAUUUUAAUAAGUAGUACUUGCAAAAUCUCUGAAUGUAAACAGCACAAGGACCCUUUAUUGAAAGCAGAAAUUUAAUCUGGACUACAAUGGUGCAUCUUAGUUAGAAAAUAUCCAUUGAGAGAUAUUGUGUACAUUUUUGUACAUGAUCAGGUUUCGUCUUUGUGUAACAAAAACAGCAAAAUGGUUAGGCACUGUAGUAUGUUGAAUAUUCACUGUUUGAAAAAUUACAAUAUUACUGCAUUUAAAUAUGAAGACUUUAAUAAAUGCAUGGUCUCAGCACUUUCAGGUGUUUUCUUGUGUGCAUCCAUGUACGUGAUACAUUGCUAUCAAAUGUAUCAUUUCCACAUUUCAGUUUUAAUCUGAUAUUUUUAAACCUGUUUAUAAUCUGUAUAUUUUACAAUGUUGAAAUUUUUAAACCAGUCUUAUCCACACUUGCUUGAUUCACAGUUAGAAAUUGCUUAAGAAUUUAAGGUUGAAUUCAGUUUUACCGGAGUAAGUAGAAAAAAGAAUCACAAAAACAAUAACAUUUAAAAUUUGAUCUCUGGAACAACAUUCUAAUAUGUCGGAGAUGUUUAAAGCCGUUUAUUGCUUUGGAAUAAACAAAUUUCAUGUAACGAAACCUUGGAGGGCAAAAACUUCAUAAUGUGCCAUCAUUUUUGCCACCCUGGAACUUUUGGUUUCAUGUUAUGAACUGUAGGAUUUACCACAGUGCAUGUUACAUGUCAAUUAUUUAUUUUUGAAGUUUAAUAUAUCAGCUAGUUUUCCUAAUAUAUAUGCUGUGUCAUUUACUUUUACUUUUAAUAAAGUGUUUCCCAUAUUAGUCUGGCAUUUACUUGAAUGGAUUCACAGUUUGUUAGAAAACCAUAGCAAUAGUUACACAUCCAAUUAUAGCAUAUCCCAGCAACAUUUGUCUUAAUAGUAUAACAUGAAAAUAUAUUUUUGCCAGUGUGCUGUGACAUAGAUCAUAGACUGGAUGUUACCAUAUUAAUGAAAGCUAGGUAACGCAGAUUUUAUUUUUCUUUAUUCAUGUAGUUCAGUUUGUCAGUGAUUUCUGAAUGAAGUAGCAUGCACAAAGCAUUCAGGUAAUUAUCAAAAAUUUCUAAAAUGCAGUUUGCUUAUCAUCUGUCUGGCUGAAAUGUGAUUCUUCACAAGUGAAGUGCCUUAGUGUGAUUUGGAAUUUAUUGACUUUACACUCAGCAUCAAAAUCUACAAUCGGGCCUGAAUUCCUAGUUGCCCUGAGCCAUUGCUUGUCAUUAUUCAAUGCACCAAAUAAAAUUUUUCCAAUGUAAAUAGUGACUCAUCAUUUCUGCAUUUUCUAUUCUGCACUGCAUUUGGGAAAAUAACAAUAAGGUGAGAAAGUGAAGAUGUUAUAGAGAUCCAUUCAUCAUAAUAUUCAAGGGCCAUGUAAUGCACUCCUGUUCCUUUUGAUAUGACCUGAAAUGAAAAUUACCAGAUGAAUGAGCAGUGAAGGCAAUUAAGUGAGGGCUGAUCAACUAGUUAUGUAGCAGAUACAUGCCUAACAUAAUCUUUUGGAAAAUGGCUGCUGAUAUUUGGGUAGCACUAAAUAAAUCUGUCAUACACUCGAAGAUCAGCUAAAUUAGAAUCUGCCAUGUAUGAAUCAAGUAAGUUCUUGGUGAGAUUUGUGAAAAACAACUAUUGGAUUGAGAUAACUGGUGCAGAUGUUCCCUGCUGUAUAUCUUCUCUCUUUUCAACAGUUCCAAGGAUGGAUUUUUAGUUUUUCUAUUCCUUUUGUCUCUUGAUUGAUCAUCCCCCACCCCAUUUAAAUCAAACCAGAAUUGUGCCUAUUGCUAUAUGCAUGACUUUUUAAAUAAGCCUAAUUUUUGUGUUAGAUGUUUGGCUUGAUUUGUGUGAAUUUAGAUUGCAAGGGUUGUAUAGAAAUUCUUUACAGUAAAACUUUACAGAGCAAACUUCAAUUAAUGGAUCUUGUAGCAGAUGAAACUUCUACACCCUAGAGGUUAGUGUCAGCAGGAAUCUAAGUAACUUGUAUUUGUACAAAGUUAAUGUUAACAAAAGCAUUCUAGAGAGGCUCCGAGUUGGGAGAGAUUUGGAGACCGGGAGGUUGUAGAAUCUGCUAGGGGAUGAGGAGAAACAACAACAUCUAGGUAAGAUUAAUUGUUCUCUGAUUUGAAGAAGAUAUUGACAACAUUAACCUAUGACCUAUCUAUUAAUGUUUUGUAUGAAGCAAGAUUGGAAUUUGGCUAAUGAGAUGUUUAUAUGACCAAAAUGUGGUAAAGAAAUACUCAGUAUUUAUGUCUAACUGGUAUAAUGUGCUUGCUGCGUCACUUGAAUAAAAUGAUCAUAAUCCUGUA